AACAAGAAUAUAUAUUUAUACAUAAAAGUAUAAAACAUAAACUACUAUAUCAUCUUUAAACUACAAAAACUCCAAAAACUUCAAGUGAUCAAAUUUCAUACAAAUGGGUUCUAUUGAUGCUAACAACGUGGCUCAGGGCAACACUACAAUGCACCGCCUUAUCGCGGAGGAAGGACCGGUGUUGAUGCCGGGUAUUCAAGACGCUUUCUCGGCUGCUAUUGCUGCCAAAACUGGUUUUAAGGCUUGUUUUGUCUCUGGCUUUGGUGUUUCCGCUGCACUACUUGGCUUGCCUGACUUUGGCUUGCUCACGACAACGGAAGUUACUCAAGCUACUCGUAGAAUAACAGCUGCUGCACCGGACUUGUGUGUCAUUGUUGAUGGAGACACUGGUGGUGGUGGUCCUCUUAAUGUACAAAGGUUCAUUAAAGAGUUGAUCGGAGCUGGUGCUAAGGGUGUUUUUCUAGAGGAUCAAGUGUGGCCGAAGAAGUGUGGUCAUAUGCGUGGCAAGAUGGUUGUACCUGCAGAAGAGCAUGCACUCAAGAUAGCAGCAGCAAGAGAAGCCAUUGGAGAUGCUGAUUUUUUCCUGGUAGCUAGGACUGAUGCACGGGCACCCCACGGUCUUCAAGAAGCUAUUAGACGCGCAAACCUUUACAGAGAGGCUGGGGCUGAUGCCACCUUUGUUGAGGCACCAGCUAACAUCGAGGAGCUCAAAGAGGUUGUUAGGGAUGUAAAAGGAUUGAGGAUUGCUAACAUGAUCGAAGGUGGAAAAACUCCCUUACAUACACCGGCAGAGUUCAAGGAACUCGGCUUCCACUUGAUUGCUCAUUCACUCUCAACAAUCUAUGCUACAACCAAAGCUUUGGUUGAAAUCAUGAAGGUUCUUAAAGAGAAGGGUACUACUAGGGAUGAUUUGGACAAGAUUGUUACUUUCUCUGAGUUCAAUGAAAUGAUCAGCUUGGAGUCCUGGUAUGAGAUGGAAUCAAAGUUCAAGAACUUCAUCCCUAAAGCUUGAUUAUGUGCCAAAAUAUGGGAUUGACCUAUAUAAGCUCGAAGUCAUAACAUAUCAUACCAGAUCAUAUACUUUGUUAUCACUUGUUUACUAUUGUUUAAAUUAUGAAUUUAGUAUUGUUGCUUGUUUGAUUUCAUUACAGUUUACGAGUUGUACUCGUGCAGCAAUGAGUUGAAAUGUAAUUUUUCUUCCUACUAUCAAAAAAAAAUAAAGUAAUUUAUUGCUACCAAA